AUGCGUCUGCAACCGCCCCAUGGGUCUGGCUCGCCAGUACUCCAGAGCGAACCGGUGGUGGAAGAGGAGGGGAAGGGUGAUCUUCCGAAGAAGAUGGCCAUUAUCGGCAUGUCCUGCCGUCUACCCGGCCAAGUGUCGACCCCCGACGAUUUCUGGGACAUGUGCUCGAGAGGGCGAAAUGCCUGGUCAGAAGUCCCCAAGAGCCGAUUCAACGCCGAUGCAUUCUAUCACCCUCAUCAAGACCGACCCGGCUCGCUGAACGCCCGAGGCGCACACUUUCUAGACGAAGAUGUCGGACUUUUCGAUGCGCCGUUCUUCAACAUUACCCUCCAAGAGGCUCGUUCUAUGGAUCCACAACAGCGGUUGAUGCUCGAGUGUACUUAUGAAGCUCUAGAGAAUGCUGGUAUCGCGAAUCACGAAAUCGCCGGAAGCACAGUGGGAGUGUUUGCGGGUGCCUCAUCCCCCGACUACGAGUUCAAUAACACACGCGAUAUCGAUUCUAUCCCAAUGUAUGCUUCGACUGGAGCAGCGGUAUCGUUGCAGUCGAAUCGAAUUUCUUAUUACUUUGAUUUGCACGGUCCUAGCAUCACAAUCGACACUGCGUGCUCUUCGAGUUUGUCUGCAUUGCAUAUUGCGUCACAGAGUAUCAAAAACGGUGAAUGCUCCAUUGCCAUAGUUGGAGGCUGUCAUCUCAAUCUACUUCCGGAAGCAUUUGUGUCCAUGACACGGUCCAGACUUCUCGCAGACUCCGGAAAAUCGUAUGCUUUCGACCACAGGGGAACUGGAUUUGGCCGCGGUGAAGGUGCAGGGUGUAUUAUAUUGAAGUCUUUGGAGGAUGCCCAAGCCGCCGGCGACGCCAUUCGCUCUGUUAUUGUUAAUAGCGGUAUCAACCAAGAUGGUCGCACCAGAGGUAUCGCUAUGCCUAAUGGUGCUGCCCAGGAAGCAUUGAUCCGACAAGUCUACAAGGAAGCACGAGUUGAUCCAAAGCAGGUUGGGUAUGUGGAGGCCCACGGAACAGGUACCAAAGUCGGCGAUCCUCUUGAGGCCACCGCACUUCAAGCUGUCCUCGGAGAAGGCCGUACUCCACGCCAACCGCUGCUUGUCGGAUCUGUCAAAUCCAAUAUCGGCCAUUUGGAAGGCUCGAGUGGCGUUGUGGCUGUGAUCAAGACAUCUUUGAUGCUGGAGCGAGGAUUUGUACUUCCUAAUUGCAACUUUGAGAAGGCCAACGACGAGAUUCCCAUGGCUCAGUGGAACAUGAAGGUCCCUACCAAGUUGAUGCCCUGGCCUCGGGGUAAAACUUAUGCCAGUGUAAACAACUUUGGAUUCGGUGGAACCAACGCCCACGUCAUCAUGGAACGUGGUUCCCGAUACAAUGGUGAAGGACUAGAGAAUACAGACCCUCUGACACGACGGGUCUACGUUGUCUCCGGGAGUGAUAAGCAGGCCGCUUCUAAGCUGGGAAAACAACUAGCUGCAUAUCUUGAUCUCAACCCGCCGAUAUUCACUGACAGCUUGAUGGAGAAUAUGGCCUAUACUCUCGGCCAGCGACGAACUUUGCUGCCCUGGCGUCUGGCUGUUUCGGUCACUUCCCACAAGGAACUGAACACUUUCAUUUCUAACGAUCCAGAGCCAGUUCGGUCCUCUCGCGAGCCAACCAUUGGGUUCGUUUUCACUGGCCAGGGAGCCCAGUACCAUGGCAUGGGCAAGGAGCUUUUGGAAACAUACCCUGUCUUCCAACAAACUAUGAAAACCGUGGACGCCUACUUGAAGACUCUGGGUGCCACAUUUUCUAUAAUCGAUGAGCUGCGUCUGGCUGACCCCAGCGCAAGCUCUAUCUCUGCCGCAUAUAUGAGCCAGCCGGCGUGUACAGCAAUCCAACUCGCUCUUGUGGACCUUUUGAAUUCAUGGGGUAUCCGCCCCAAGGCAGUCGUUGGCCAUUCCAGUGGGGAGAUUGCGGCAGCAUACGCCGCAGGCGUUCUCUCACUGGAAGAAUGUGUGCGUAUCGCAUACUGCCGCGGUGUGGCCGCGAACCUCUUGAUGAAAGACGAGACCGUCCAGGGAGCCAUGUUGGCCGUCGGCGCCAAUGCUGGCGAUAUCCAGCAAAUCCUGGAUGCUAUGCGAGGAAAACAGGUGGUGAUCGCCUGUGUGAACAGUGAAUCAAGUGUCACACUCUCCGGAGAUAGAGACGCCAUCGGGGAUCUCCAAACGGCGUUGGACAAGGAGGGUAUCUUCACCAGAAAGCUGCACGUCGACGUCGCAUAUCAUUCUCACCACAUGGCCAAAGUUGCACCGCAGUAUCGGUCAUUAAUCGGCAAGAUCGCUCCGCGAGUUUCGGAGGUUCCUUUCCACUCGACUGUCAAGGGAAAGUUAGUCCCAGGUGCUACUCUCGAUGCUUCAUACUGGGUUGAAAAUUUGGUCUCUCGCGUGGAAUUUGUGAAGGGUGUAAGCAGUCUCUUGACAACUGACAUGCCCGGUGGCCAGAUUGAUACUAUCAUUGAAGUCGGACCUCAUCACGCACUUCAAGGCCCUACCAAGGACAUUGCCGCCAUCCACGCACCAAACCGCACCCUCCAAUUUACACAUACGCUUAAACGCAAGGUACCUGGUGAUGAAGCCAUUCAGCAGCUGGCUGCUACUCUCUUCACACAAGGCAUGAAGCUUGACUUCCAAGCUAUCAACUUCCCUAAUCUGGAAACGGUCCCGAGAAAACCCCAGCUAUUGACCAAUCUUCCUAAAUAUCCGUGGAACCACACAGAGCGGUAUUGGAUCAAUUCAAGGCUGGGCGACAACCUCUUUCACCAACAGUUCCCAAGAAGUGAUAUUCUCGGCAAGCGCACCAUGGAAAACAUCGACUUGGAGCCUCGCUGGAGAAAUAUCAUCCGUGCAGAUGACCACCCUUGGAUUCGUCAACACAGGGUGUAUGAUAGCAACGUUUAUCCAAUGACUGGAUUUUUGGCCAUGGCAAUGGAGGCCAUGUCUCAACAGGCCCACAUUCACCAUCUUGUCCCAGGAAAGAUUGAUCUGCGAGAAAUCUCUAUCAGCCGUGUUCUUCCCAUCCCGGAUAAUUCAACGGUAGAGACAAUGCUUAGUCUGCGUCCAGUCCGAGCUGAUGCUCCUGGAAAAUCUAUUCUCGGCUGGCACGAGUUCAAGGUAUUCUCUUGGGCCGAAGGCCGUGGAUGGGAUGAGCACUGCAGUGGUUUUGUUAUGGUGUCCGAAACCAAAGACGCGAAUGCCGUCAAUGGAAGGCAACACCAAGCGAACAUUUCAUCGGAGCUGAUUAAGGACACCACCGAGAUGCGUGCUUCAUGCAACACCCCAGUAGACAGUGAUUUCUUCUACGAAAAUAUCGCCAGUGGUGGUGUUAACUAUGGCCCACUCUUCCGCAACCUUUCCAAUAUCUCUGUCAGCACUGGUCGCCAGGCAAUGGGCACCGUUUGCGUUCCGGACACCAAAGGCUGCAUGCCGAACGAAUACGAAACAGCCCACUUGGUGCACCCUGUUACUUUGGAUCUUUGCUCUCAAAUGAUGUGGGCUCUUCGGGGCUACGGCCAGCCGGGACCGCAGGUAACCCAUGUGCCCUCGCAUGUCAAGCAUGUCUCUUUAUGUCUAGAUCAAAAUCUUGGUGCCGGCGCCAAGUUGCAGCUCUAUGGUCAAGAGACAAGAGCGGAGUCUGCAAGCAUGCCGGUGGACAAUCGCAUCAUUGCUACCAAUCCCGAUGACCCGUCUUGCGCGCUCAUUGAUAUCGAAGGAAUAACUCUGGUCCCGAUUUCAAAUGAUAUUAUGGGCUCCAAAGACAAGAGCCCUGACCAGAUUUGUUACAAGCUUCACUGGGAGCCCUGCUUUGACUUCCUCUCGGAGAACAGCUAUCGAGAACUCCCACGAGCCCAGGUUGGUGAUGGAAAAGGGAAUGAGAGAAUGCACCUGGUAGAUUCAGUUGCUGAAUACUGGCUUCGGCAAAUGCUCCGUUCUGUUUCUGAGUCAGAGCUGUCUUCCUUUGAGCCUCACCAUCAGAAAUUUUACCGUUGGGCCCAACAUAGUUGUCAGGAGGCAGGCAUUGUCGAUGACUUGUCUAGCGAAGUUGUGGAACAAACAAGGAACAUGAACGGAGCUGGCAAGGUCACUUGCGUUAUUGGCGAGAGGCUUCCUGAGAUUCUCCGUGGCAAGGUUGAUGCCUUGGCGAUGCUGCUUGAGGAUGAUAUGCUCGGCGGAUAUUACCAAGACCUUGACGGAGUCCGUGAAUCCUACAGUAAUGCAUCCGUCUGUAUCGACAAGAUGGCUCACCAGAAUCCCGAGAUGAAUAUUUUGGAAAUUGGCGCUGGUACUGGCGGUGCUACUUUGCCUAUUUUGCAGACGCUUGGGGGACAUGAGGCUGGUUCAACUCCUCGCUUUGGACAUUAUACUUAUACCGAUAUCUCUCCUGGAUUUUUCGAGAAGGCCAAGAUCAAGUUCGACAACUGGGGUCAUCUUAUGACUUACCAGGUUCUGGAUGUCUCUACCCAUCCCACCGAGCAAGGAUUCAAACUUGGUAGUUACGACGUUAUUGUUGCUUGCAAUGUUCUUCACGCUACAUCCGAUAUUAACCAGACCAUGGCAAACAUCCGCGCUCUGAUGAAGCCUGGUGGUAAGAUCAUGUUGAUCGAGGAGACUUGCUCCCGUCCUAGACACUUCCCAUUCGCCCUUCUCCCCGGAUGGUGGCUGGCCAGCGAGGAUGUUCGCCAGAGCGGACCUCUUCUCACCACGGAGGGAUGGAACAAGGUGAUGAAGGCAAACGAUUUCUCCGGCGUUGACCUUUGUAUCGAAGAGUUCCCCGGUGCCUCUCAUCAAGCUGGUUGCUUGAUGAUGACGACGGCCAACCCCAUCAAGAGCGGCCCGAGGAACCCAGGAGAUAUCGUUGUGAUUAGCAACGACUCUCUCGGCUGUCUUUCUACCCUCAGUCUUGAAGCAGGCCUCAAGGAGUCAACUGGUGUUGUUCCCAAGACCGUCUCCGGUCUAGACUCAGCCGAUUUGACUGGCAAAUGGUGUAUUUUCCUUGGUGGCUUGGACCAGUUGGUCUUGGCUGAUCUUACCCCAGAGAAAUACCAAGCCUUCCAACGUUUGGUUGGUCAAGCAAGAGGCUUGCUCUGGCCUGUCAGACAUUCGAAGUCGGAUCCGCAGUCCCUGGGCGUCAACAUGGUAAUUGGCCUUGCUCGCACGGUGAGAUCGGAGACUGGACUGCAAUUCGCUACUCUCGACUUGGGAGAGAAGGAGAGCAUGUCGGAUGCCGAGGCUGUCCAGCACAUGCUGCAUGUAUUCAAUGGGGUCUACUGUCAGAAGUCCCAGUUGAUGCAUGGCGACUUCGAGUUUGUUGUUCGUAAUGGCCAUGUUUCCGUUCCUCGCCUUGUCGACAACCACGCACUUAAUCUCAGUGUUCAAUUGGAAACUACACCGGAUGCGCCACCUCAGCUUCAGAAAUUUAAGCAAAUCGAGCGACCGCUUAGACUCACCGCUGGCCACGGUCGUGUGCUUGAUGAGCUGUACUUCACGGAUGAUUCUGUUUGCAAUGAUCCUCUGCCAGAAGACUACCUCGAGAUCAGAGUCUGCUGCACUGGCCUCAACUUCCGAGAUGUCUUGAUGGCGAUGGGCCAGCUACGGGGCGAUAAGCUGGGACAAGAGUGCAGUGGUAUUGUUACAAAAGUGGGAUCUGCCGUUACAACCUUCUCCACUGGAGAUCGUGUAUCCGCCAUGUCACCGGGCUCCCUUGCUACGUACACUCGCUGCCCGGCAUCUUGCGCUUGGGUCAUUCCUUACGACAUGUCAUUCUCCAUCGCCGCAUCAAUUCCUGCUGUUUUCUGUACUGCCUACUACUCGCUGAUUGACCUCGGCCAGUUGGAGGCAGGCGAGAGUGUGCUCAUCCACGCUGCUGCUGGAGGCGUUGGUCAGGCCGCUAUUAUCAUCGCCCAAAGCGUCGGCGCUAAGAUCUACGCCACGGUUGGAAGCGUGGAGAAGAAGAAGUUCUUAAUGGAGACCUACCAGCUCAAAGAAGACGAAAUAUUCUUCAGUCGUGACACUUCAUUCGUUCAGGGAAUCCGCCAUGCCACUGGAGGAGAAGGCGUUGAUGUAGCUCUCAACUCGCUUAGUGGGGACGCUUUACAAGCGACUUUUGAAUGUAUUGCUCCAUUCGGUCGCUUUAUCGAGCUUGGAAAGCGAGACAUCAGCCAGAACUCUCGCUUGGAAAUGUCCCACUUCAACCAGAACGUCUCAUUUGCUUCGGUGGAUUUGGGUAUUGUGCGUGAGAAGCGCCCCAAAUUGACGAAGCGGCUCAUGCGCAAUGCGUUCAACGUCUUUAUCGAUACCAAUGCUCAGAGGCGCUGGCCUGUAACGACUCUUCCCAUCUCCCAGGUUGAGACUGGUUUCCGCGCCCUGCAAAGUGGAACUGUUAUUGGUAAAAUGGUUGCUGAGAUGACUGAUGACUCCAUGGUCAAGGUUCAUCCAGCAAGGAAGGAAGAGAAGCUGCUCAGUCCGGACGCGACCUAUAUUAUCGUAGGUGGAACAAGUGGUAUUGGUCUUGAUAUUGCUAGCUGGAUGCCAUCCAAGGGAGCUAAGCAUCUUGUUUUGGUUUCAAGAAGCGGCGCUUCCACUGAGCUGGCUCAGAAAACCAUUCACGAGCUCACCCAAAAUGGCGCCACAGUGGAGAUUUGCCGCUCAGACAUCUCCAGCCAGGAGAGCGUGGAACAGGCUCUGGGGCCUAUCCUCACACGGAUGCCACCUGUUCGGGGUGUUGUCUAUGGUGCUAUGGUUCUUCGAGACACUCUCUUCGAGAAACUCACUUUCGAGGACUACGAAACAGUCAUGAGGCCCCGAGUCCACGGUAUCUGGAACCUGCAACGCACCCUUCAAAACACAAACAAUAGCGAUAACCUGGACUUCUUCGUCAACCUUUCCUCGGCUGCCAGUUUCGUGGGUAACAUGGGCCAAUCCCCUUACGCAGCAAGUGGAACGUUCAUGGCAGCACUUGUUCAAUACCCCGAAGUUGCCAAAAUCCCAUUCACCACAAUCGAUCUCCCUGUUGUCCGAGGAAUUGGGUACCUAUCAGACGAGAAGAAGCGUGAGCAAAUCACCUCUCAACUGGGAACAGAAUCCGUCGACGCAAAUGAAAUCCGCGGUCUUGUCGCCGCAGCCAUUCGCAAAGAAAUGCGCGAAACCUGCGACGGCCACUGCGUCGUCGGCAUGAACGGAGUCAAGACAACACCAGCGGCAGAGCAGCCCUUCUGGGUUAACGACACCAAGCUCUCCCACCUUCUCCGCGUAUCUACCCUUGCCGGCGCAGACACCCCCGAUGCCGCCCAAUCUGGCAGCGAUAUCUCUCCCGCAACCGCAAUCAGACAAUGCCGCACCCGUGAAGCCGCCGAGAACAUUGUUGUGACUUCGUUCAUGCAGAAAAUAUCUAGUAUUCUUAUGCGUCCCGCCGAAGAGAUGGACCCUGCAUCACCGAUUUCCGUGUAUGGCUUGGACUCGCUAGUCGCAAUUGAGAUCCGUAACUGGAUUACGCGUGAAUUGGAAGCGAAUCUGCAGAUUUUGGAGAUUCUCACCAGUGACUCUAUGCCAACGCUUUCUGGUCUUAUUCUACGGAAAUCGGGAAUUCUUACUCCGGAUUUGAAGACAGAAUGGGGUCUUGAUGUUGAGGUGAAGCAAGAAUAA